AUGUCCCAAUUCUUAUCAUGGGUACGAAUCUCGAACGCGACACAAGAUCCCGAGACACGGUGUUCUGUAGCGCAAGAUCAAAUUGUUAAGGUUGUCAGAGAGGAUGGUGAUUGGUGUCAUAUUCAAACGAUCGAGGGCGCCACCGGCAGAGUUCCCAAGGUUCUCACAUUGCCAAUCGUCGAUCCGAAGAGACUUCCUGGUGAACAAAUCUAUUGCUCUACCGACUCUUAUACUUCGAUUCGCUCCGACGAUUUGUCAUUUGCACCGUUUUCUAUUUUUGGUACUUUCCUUCUUUGUUUCCUCUUCUCUAACCCUUUGUGUUCAGUGGAGCGCGGUUGCAAUUGCACUCCACUGAACAAAAAGCUUGCAGUUCGAGUUUUAAAAUUCAAAAAAAAAUUUCUAGUAGCAAAACCAUCACCGUCAAAUCCGGGCUAUCUCGACGGCUACUUGGUGAAUGACAUUUCGGUGCAAAUCGGACGACGUGGAUUGUUGCCCGAGACGUUUUUAGUAAAUUUGAAUGUGCCAACGUCGUCAACAAAGAAUUCAGAAGAAGAAAUGAAGCCAUCGUUCACGACGGACUUCAGCGAAGACGACGUCAAGUAUCGGACGCCGGUGAGCGCUCGGACCGCCCGUACUGAGAAUUACUCAGUGGCGCCGUACGCGAGAGCUGUCUAUGAUUUUCAAGGCGAAUUCUCCAACGAACUCUCGUUUGCCGCCGACGAGAUCAUCAAUCUGCGACGGCGGGUCGAUUCGGAAUGGUUGGAAGGAUCGAUAGGGUCAUCUCGCGUCGGAAUCUUCCCAGCCGCAUUCGUUCAAAUCAUCGUUGAUCUUCCUGAUGAUGACGUGGCAUCUGUGCAGAAUCAUCGGAGGAGCACAGCAACCGAAAACGAUGGAAUCGGAUUCGCGAAUGUUCGUCACGCGUUCGUCGGACGUCAGGGGGAUGAGCUUACUGUAAAUGCGGGGGAUACUGUUCGUGUAUUACGAAUGGUCAAUGAUGAGUGGGUCAUGUGUAAGGAUCCGGACACGGAGAAAACUGGAAUUGUGCCUGUUGGCUUUUUGGAAGUCUAUUUAGACGAUGAGGAUGAGGAUAAUCAAACCGGAGGGGCGGUAAUGGGAAGGAGAGGGACCGGAAGCGGUGGGAAUGAAUUUUCGUUUGGCACAAAUCGCUCCUCGUUCAUCUUCACGACCAACGAAUCCACCUCCGAUUGGCGUCCUCCCACAAAUCGAACUGCAAAUAACACCGAUUGGGCAACAUUUGGGGAUCCUUCAAAAGCCACGUCAUCAAGCUCCAAACCCAACACCCAAUGGGCGACAUUUGGCGAGGAAUGGAUUGCUCCAAUUCAGCUCUCCAAAAGCUCCGCCCCCGCACGCCCACCGCCCCCAAAACAGAGCUCAAUCACGUCGCCAACCGCCGACAUCGGCGACGUUUCGGAAAUGUUUGGCACGGUGCCAAGCGCGCCGAAAGCGCCACAGCAGCAACCAAGUGGUGUCAUUCAUUCUGCGAGUGAUUUUGAGAUUGGACUGAUUUCGGCCACGGAGGGAGCCAAUAAUGAUGAGGAUAAACGGUGUCGAAUUGUGGAGGAGUUGAUUAGCUCGGAAUUGCAGUUUAUCAGUGAUAUCAAUAGUUAUACGGAGUUUUGGAUUUCUAGGCCACCAUGCACCUCUUUUUUCCAGGCCGUCGACUCCACCACAUUGCUCAACCAGAAACAAAAAGUGGUACUGAAAAACGGAUGUGCUCAAAUCGUUCAACUCUCAGCGAAUCUCGUUCAGCUUCUGACCAAUGAGCAGACAAAACCCGCGGAAGCCCAACAAAUCGGCGCUUGUUUCCUUCAACUCCGCAAACCGUUCGCCCAAACCUAUGGAUUCUAUUUUCGCAACAUUGAGCACAUUAAUGCUCUGACGAACUCGGCGAAACACGAAAAAACGAUGGAGGCGGCGCUUUUGGACAUUGUGAAACGAAUGCGGGAGGGUGGAGCGGUGGUAAUUGAUGGACCGACUGCCGUGUCGAGACCCAUUCAACGGGCUACGAAGUAUCCGUUGUUCUUGAAUGAGAUUGUUAAGCUGACACCACUCGUGCACACGGAUCACCCUAAAUUAACGGAAGCGAUCAAACAAAUGUCGAAUUUGGGACAAAAAAUGAACGAGUCGAAAAGAAGGAAAGAGCUGACCCAAAAGUACAUGUCGGACGACAAGCAGACGUUUGGCGAGAUGCUCUCAAAGAUGACGUUCCACUCGUUAAAGAAGAAAUCGAAUCGAUUCACGUAUCGAAUGGGAUCAUCGUUGGGUGUGGUGAAAUUGCUACGCGACACGGAUUUCGAUCGACUGGUGUGUGAGCUGGACAGUGCCGAACGACGGCUGGUCCGGUUCAAUUACAUGUUGGUGAUCUACAGGAAGAAGAUGUUCCACGAGACACGUGUUCUGAUGCACAAAAAGCUGGUGGAGCCAAGAAAAAAGGCUCUAUCAAACGGUGAAAUCGACCAACAACUUCAACCGUUCAAUCACGCUGUCAAAAUCUGGGCGAACGACGUCAACAUGAAGAUUCGUGAUGAUAUUGUGAAGGCGUUGAGGAAUAUUCCGAAGCGACUGAUUAAGAAAAGGAAUGAUAAGCUGAUGGAUUACGAGGCAUCGAGGACCAAGGAAAAGGGCAGUGGGAAACGCGACUUUGCCGAAAUCCAAAAAGACUACGAAGCGCUGAACACACAGGUCAAACAGCAACUGCCAAAGGUUACCGAAUAUUUGACGAAUGUCCUCGCCACGUCGAUGAAACAAGUCUCCGAACAGGACAAACGCCUCAUGGAGACCCAACGAAAACUGUUCAACGAAGCCAAGUCUCGCCAAUCGGACAGCAAUGCCCCACGAUCCUUGAUCACCAACAACACCCAGUGCUUUGUCGAUUUCUACGACACCGAUCGGAUGAAACCCCUUCAGAAGAUUGCUAACAAAGCGAUUCAGAAUAUGAAGCAACGAGCGAGAUCCGCGUCACCGACGAAUAAAAAGGGAACUAGUAGUGGCGAUUUAUGGGCGGGGCAGACAUCGGUGUUGGCUCCAUCGGCUACGGAGAAUCUGCCGACGAUCACAGAGGCUCCGGUGGUCCACAUCCACAAGUUUAGACCUCAAAGUCAAACAGAAAGGAACACAAUUCUAGAAAAGGCUGGAGCCAAAGGUCGCCUAGGAGACAUCUUUGUUUCCACCACCCACUACCCCACAGAUCAAGGAAUGCUGAAGCUAGCACUAUCCGAGGGGAAGCUUCUGUUGGUCCGUCAGAACGAUGUGGUGCUCGCUGUGAAUCGAGAGGUACCCAGUAUGUGGUUGUGCUAUAAUGGCUACUACAACGCAAUGCUUCCAAGUAACAUUCUGAAGCCGUACACGUCAAUCGAGAAGGGAGAAGAUGUGGCUGCCCAAUUGAUUUCUCCGGUGACUCAGACGCCUCCCAAGGUUGUUCCAGCGGUGCCAGUGGCUCCGGCUCAGAAGAGCCAGAAUCUAAUCGACCUGGAGGAUCUUUUCGGAGCACCCCCACCAUCUAGCGCCCCGGCUCCGCCCCCUCCACAGCCUAACUUUGCGGACUUUUCUGCUCUACCCCUCCAACCGACUACCACAACUCAAAGUACGAACUAUGAUUGGACGUCGGCGGCAAUGACGCUUCCGAUGGCGCCACCUCCACCACAGGGAGCGGCUCCUCAGGUGGCUCCACAGAAACAGGCUCCGCCGACGCAACAAAAAUCUGGCCCCAACUACAGCCUGGACCUCGACGACCUGUUCUCCGGGCUCUCUACGAUUGAUUGGGGAGCCAAGACCCAGCAGGACUUAACCCCUCCGGUCUCGGCGUUCCGAGGAAUCGACCAUCAGACUGGCCUCUUCAACCCCAGCCAACUUCCCGACGAAGCUCCGCCCCCACUACCGGUGAUUAUGAAUCCAGCAAGAGACGCUGAUCCGUUUGCGGUGAACUUUGAUACAACGUUCGGAUCUGGAGGAUCCACGACGUCUUCGGUGAAGUUCCCGGUGAGCUUUGACGAUCCGACGACGCCAACGAUGACGUCACUGAUGCCAACGACGACUGCACAGAUCAGAAGCGCGUCGGCCGCCGCGCAGCCGACCAGCGCGUGGCCGAUGAAUUCGAUGAUGAUCCGACUCUCCCCAGCCACUGAUUCCAUCCCGUCCGGGGCCAGCUGUCAAAACUCAAAUGUAUCCCAGCCUUCAGCAGGACAACAUCUACGCGAACACUGGAGACUUUUCAGGUAUCUUUCUGAAGACGUCACGUCUUCAGAAUUCUUAUUUUUGCUUUUAGCGCCACUCCAACCAACAACACAAUCCACGUUGCCUCCGAUGUACUCGGCGGUGCCGAACGACACGAUGAGCAUGAGCUACGCGGUGCCACCGAUGUAUGAUGUGACGCCGCAAACACCACUCCAACCACAACCAAUCGCUCCAAAACCAAUAGCACCACAACAAUCCACGUAUGACGUUCCACCAUCAGUGGUCCCACCAAUGUACGAUCAGCUUCCCAGCGAGACCUUGACACCAUCGUCGCCAGCGAUUCGGCCAGUGCUGUGUCAAGUGAAAGUGGACUACGACUUCCUGCCACAAGGCUCGAAUCAAGUCGAAGUCCGCGAAGGCGAAAUCAUCGGAGUCCUUCAACGAACCGACGACGACGGCAAUCCCGAAUGGCUUCUGAUUAAACGAGCCAGCGGACAGGUUGGAUACGUGCCGGCCGCCUACUGUAGACCUACUUAA